AUGGGAGGAAUGGCCGGGCUGUCACGGCCGCCUUCUCGAGUCGACAGUUCGCGGCUGGACCUAUCUGGGGAGCAUGCCGCAGCGUCUACGAGCAAUGUCAAGACCCUGAAAGAGCAAGAGGAGAUGAACGACCCAGACAUUCAGCGAGCCAUGGCCGAAUCACUCGGGCAGACCCUGCCAGCACAAGAGAAUGGAGUCACGCAAACCGGAGCAACGUUCGGCCCUGCGAAGCGAGAUUACAACUACGAACCAAACAGCUGGGCCCUUACCACGUAUUCGACCUCGCGCGAGAUCAUCGAACAUCCACCACCCUCCAAGAGGCGAAGGAUAGGCGAUGCACCGGCAUUCUUACGUGGCUCGAAGGAAACAGGCUACCUAGGGCCUUUGCUUACCAUCUACCACAACAUCCCACUUGCACGAGAGGCUCUCCUGAUGCCUGCUUUGAGGGUCCACGCCUAUGCCCACGACAAUAGUUGGUGGUCUGGAGCGACCGACGAGAACACGAAGGCCCUGUCCACCGACAAUACUCUUCGCAUCGACCAGAACGAGUGCAACCUGCUUACCGAAGUCCAGUGUCUCAUGGCUUUUCUUGACAGGACGACUCGCGCCUACGGUAGUGUUGAUGCCCUGGCCGACCUACAGGCUGUCCGCAACGGAAAUGGCGAUACGCUAUUUCACAAAUUCCUCGAGGCUUGGGGUUCUGCGGCCCUUAAACAGGCUCCUCAAGAGCAGCUCACCCAGGUCUUCAGUUCCAUAGCCGUGAAGGCCAACGGUCCGACCGACGACACGGCUGUCGAGAAGACGCUGUACUGUGUCGACCCUUUCAUCAACCACCACCCGAACGAGACACUCACAGACCUGCUUGACAACACCAUCUGGAAUGAUGAGAUUGGCAAUAUUGAUGACGUGUGGAUCAGUCAUUGUGCCGAAAUAUUUACUGUUCGACUGCAGGAGCCGAACACGGCCUCCAGGACUGUUGACAUUAGCCUCGAUCCGGUGUGGUAUGCCGAUCGUUACAUGUACGACUGCAGAGAGGAAAUGCAGCAAAUACGCAGACAAGUACAGGCGAUCCGGCGGCAAAUCGAACAACUGACUCAUAUGCAACGCCGCUGCCAACUCUUCAACUCGAAUAACCGGGCCCUAGACGUGGGCGAGGUCCUCAAUGCUGCAGUCAAAGCGGCCAGCGUGGCAGCGAGCAGGAGCUCUGCGUCAAACGGCUUUCUUGAUAGCCGGUCGUCUGAGUCGGGGAACACAGUUACACAGUCUGACGUGGAGGAGCUCAACUCCGAGUUGCAGGAUGUGCUUUCAAAGAUCCGUCAGAGGUUGGCGCUCCUGGAGCAAAAGAAGGAUGAGCUUCGUGCAAGGAGCCGUCAAAUCACAAUGCAACUGACCAUGCCCACCCCAGAACGUCCGGACGUCCCACAUCGUAAGUACACGCUUCAAGGCGUUGCCACCAAGCCGGGAGUCACCUACUUCCGCCGCUUGAACCAGAACAUUGAUCUCCUGGAACCGGACCACCUGGGUGAGGAAGGAAUGGGUUACGAAUGGUGGAAGGCCUCUUGGCGGCAGGAAGAGGUUCAACGCGUACCACUACAUCCACCCUUAGUCGGGCCCGUCACCCUGGCACAAGCCGCAGGUGGAGGCAAUUCAGAUCUCGGCAGCUCGACACCGUGGUCGAUAGACCGUGUCUUCGAAACCGAUGUCCUGGAAGCCGUCAAGACGGAAUACAACUCCGUCCUGCUCGUUUACGCCAACGAAAACGCCGUGCGUUUCCGCGGCAGUGGGCUGAGUCUGGCACUCCGACACUUUGUCGACCGCGAUAAUCAGGCGUUUGCAGAGGAUUUGCAGCAAGAGAUGGGCCCGUUACCUGCAUCAUCUGCUGAUCGCGAAGCCGAGGCUGAAUUUGAAGACGUUCCCCUGAUCGAUCCAACGAGGUCCAGCAGCUCAGUGCGUGAGCUGACGCCCAUGUCGACCUCGAGCCCGGACCAGGACGAAGAGGGUCAGCCGUCACUCAAACGGGCGAAAGAGGGUAGCACAAGCGACCUUCUUGAACAACCACCUUCGUACGAAGAAAGCGUCGGUAAACACGAGAUGACUGAGAAAAAAGAGAAUAAAAUCGGGCUCUAUGCGGAGAAACUGCUCCAGCGCUACGGAAGCGAGACCGACAAGGUAACAGGCGAGAAGGACAACAGCGGCGACUUCUUGCAUGUCGAAGAUUCGCGGUGA